CCCCCCCCCCCCCCCCCCUCGUGUAUGGAGGCCUACUCCCUGGUCUACAGCUCCUCCUACCGGGGGGCCCUGCUCUCCCGCCUCCAGCGGCUGCGCGGCGAGGGCAGGAUGUGCGACGUGGUGCUGGAGACGGGCGGCCGCUCCUUCCCCUGCCACCGCGCGCUGCUGGCCAGCUCCAGCGACUACUUCUGGGCGCUGUUCGGCGAGACCACGCCCGAGAGCGGCGCCGCCGCCGUCAGCCUGCCCGCCGUCACGCCGCAGGGCCUGGAGAGCGUCCUGGACUUCCUGUACUCGGGCUGGCUCUGCCUGUCGCCCGCCUCGCUCCCUGCCGCGCUGGAGGCGUCGCGGUACCUCCAGGUGGAGGCGGCGGUGAAGAUGUGCGAGCGCUUCAUCGCCGACGGGCUGACCGCCGCCACCUGCUGCGGCUACGCCAACCUGGCCGAGGGCCACGCCCUCGGCUACGCGCUGGCGGACGCCAAUUACACCAUCGCCACGGAGAUGAGGACCCUGCUGCGGCACCACAGGCAGGAGCUCCUGGAGCUGAACGGCCAGUCGCUGACGGCCGCGCUCGAGGCCGAGGAGAUUCCGGGGGUCGAGGAGGCGGAGCUUGUCGCGCUGGCCCUGGAUUGGUUGGACGCCAACGGGCCACUCCCACUGCUAAAAUCCAACCUGCUGCUGAGUCGCCUUCGCUUCGGACUGGUCCCCUCGUGUGACCUCAUGCGUCUGAGCGGCUCCCACAAGGCCCUGGCCACGCCCCUCGUUAGAAGUCAGCUGACCAAGGCGCUGGAGUACCACAGGCUAGGAUCGGCUCAGCCAAUCAGGCAGACCCGACAGUCCUCGCUCAGAGCGUCGCCCAAUCGCGUGCUUCUGGUCGGCGGAGGGGAGAGCCCCGAUUGGCCGGGCCAACAGAUCCUGACCUUUGACCUCAGGGACAGCACGUUCUCGCCCUUAAAGUCCCGCCUCCCGCGUAGGCUGAGGAACCACUGCGUCUGCUCCGUGGGGGGGUUCCUCUUUGUGAUCGGCGGAGACCUGGUGUCCGAGGGCGAUGACGGAGGGGGCGGGAAGUCCGUCGCCACGACGACGUCCAACGAGGUGUGGCGCUACGACCCUCGCUUCGACGAAUGGGAGAAGGCGGCGUCCAUGCUGGAGCGGCGCUCCUGGUUCUGCUGCUGCGUGGUGGCCGACGUCAUCUACGCCAUCGGGGGGCGCCAGACGCGCCCGGGGGCCCCGACGCACACCGCCCUGUCCUCCGUGGAGUGCUACAACAUGGCCCACGGCGGGUGGCGGCGGGGGGCCGCCAUGCCCCGCCCCCUCCACGGCCACGCCUCCGCCGUGCUCGGCACCGCGGUGUACGUGUCGGGCGGGAUCCCCGGCAACCCGGGCGGGCUCCGCUGUCCCCUCGGGGUCCACACCGACCGCCCGGAAGGAGCGGGGAGGGUCCGGGACGGUAACCGCGGCGACCACGGCGAGUGCAGCCGCGAGCUGCUGCGCUGGGAACCGGGCGCCGGCGGGAAAACCUGGGAGCCGAGGGCGUCCAUGUCCAUCGCGCGGUUCGGCCACCGCAUGGCCGCGCUCGGCGACCACCUCUACGCCCUGCUGGGCAUGCACGAGCCCUUCUGCGACAUCGAGCGAUACGACUGGCCGUCGGACCACUGGACCCGCCUGCGGCCGCUCACCAUCGGCGCGUCCUGCUACGGGAUGGCCAAGACGCCGAGCGGGACCCUGCUGCUCUUUGGCGGCAGGAAGUGGAGCGAGGGGCAGGAAGUGACAGUGCGCAGCGUGCUGGAGUACGACGUGCUGCGAGACCGAUGGAAGGACGUCUGCCUCCUCCCUGAGCCCCUGACCGGCACGGAGUGUACCCUUCUGCCCCUGCCCGACUGGGGCCCAAAACCCUGACCCGCACCUUAACGCUGAGCUCAGAGUGGAUAUUAGGGAACAUUUGAUGCAGAAGACAGCGUCCUCUGUAAUAGCUCCACCCGCCCUGCCCGGCCGUCCACUUCCUCCAGCGUUAUAACCAUCUGUGUAUAUUCUGACAUUUAAUACGAGCCGCAGCUACUUGCUGAGAAUUUGACAAAUGAUAUGGCUGUGGCAAGUGAUGAUCAGACAAAAUGACGUCCACGCCCCUGCACCGAAGGGCAUUUGCAUGUUUUGUAUUCCUGCGACCAACCAAAUGUAAUCUUGCGAAAAAGGGAAAUGUCAAAGAUCAUAUCUGAAAUGGGCUUGUUUUGCCGGGACUGUUGUGUAGGGAGGGAAUACUCAACAGCUAUCCGGAGGCGAAGCUAUAUAUUUAUUAGGAUUUGUUGAUAAAUGUAUGCGCCACAUUUUACAUUUCUAGACUCUGUGAGAAAGCUAACUUAAGCCAGUAGAUUAAUUAUUUAAAAAAUGUUUAACUUAUGAGUAUAGAAGACAGGAAGUAUGGGGAAGUAAAGUCUAAAGUGAAAAUAAUUGGGUUGUUGUUGUUUGACGAAGUUUUAUGAAGUGCUACUACUUUUCUACAGUAUUUGUUUGUAUGUAACUGGCAUCCUUGUUUGAAUUCUCUGUUUAAACCUUGAGUUGGAACAUAAUUGCGUGUCUGAUUUGAAUUUGAAGAUGUAAAAUUAAGGAAAUGCUGUUG